AUCGGACUUCGUGAAUCUACGCGUAACCGGAAACAGAGGGGACGCACUGAAGUGUUUAUUUGGGUGAAUGUGACAGUGAGCUGAAAAUACACAAUUUAAACGUUUGUUUAUCGCUGUUUUUUAAGUUCUCACUCCUAAGUUAUGAAGCCAGCAGUUGAUGAAAUGUUUCCUGAAGGAGCUGGUCCGUACGUGGACCUGGAUGAGGCAGGGGGCAGCAGUGGGCUGCUAAUGGAUCUGGCCGCCAAUGAGAAGGCAGUACAUUCAGACUUUUUCAAUGAUUUUGAAGAUCUGUUUGAUGACGAUGAUAUUCAGUGAUGAAGAGCACAAAUAGAAUGGAUUCCUCCAUUGUAUAAAAUGUUGUACAUUGAAGUGUUUUUUCUUUUUUCACUUUAAGAGCGAUGUUGCAUUGUUAACUCGGUUCAAUAAUAAACUUUUUUGUGGAA